UACUGUGCUUAGUAGGGUCAGCUUGUUGCUCUGUCAAAGUUUGGUGUUGGGCCAAUCAUUUCCCAGGAAAAUGUGACUAGUAGGAAUUCCCCACGCAUCAUUUCUGCCUGCCUGGGAGAACUGCAACCUUGUGUCAGGACUGAAGGACUACGAGAGCAGUGGGAGGACGAUUACUGCCCGGUGUCAGGCUGGCAAGAUGGAGCUUGUGCCGCCCGCUAUCUCAGAACCGGCAUUGGAGCCUUUUGGGUCAUGUUUAUGAGGAAUGCCAUCAGCCCGCAGCGCAUCCACAGUCUGCGCCACUACAGAAGACCUCUGCAAAGGUGUAGAUGCUCCAGGCAGAGCAGGACCCAGCCUCUGUGAGGAACAGGGCUGUUCCCACCUGGCCCACAGGGCUCCACUGACACUGUCUGCCCUCUACUUUUGACUGGACACAUCAACACAGCACUCACAAGCCCAUCAGCACAUUCUGAGGAUAUUUCAGGCUACGCCCUGACCCUUGAACUUUCCUGCCAUGACGACUGCAGUGCAGUCAGGUGAACUGGUGUUUGAAUUUGCCAGCAACGGGAUGGAUGAAAUUAAUCAGUUGGACGACCCCUCUGUAUUUCCGGCCGUGAUCGUGGAGCAGGUGCCAGCUGCUGAUCUUCUGCAGGUGUAUUCAGGGCUGGAGUCUGAUGAGGUCACCAAUGGCAUCAUGGUGGACACGACACUGCAUGUGGUGGAAGAGCCAUCCAUGCUUGUGGGAGGAGUCAACCUGUCUGAAACAACAGUAUCUGGGGCAGAGGACAGCAUGGAGACAAAUGAGGCAGCAGCAGCACUUCUCAAUAUGGAGUCUCCAAAUAAUAUUCUGGAUGAAAAGCGGAUGAUUCACACGUAUGGCAUGCUGGAAGCAGAUUUGACAUACGCCUCCCUCAGACCAGACCAAAUUGACAACAGUGGCCUUGACAUGUCUCUAGAUGAGGACACCUCUUCCAUGGAUGAGAUUCCACAAAAGUGCCAUUUCAAACCACAAAAGAAAACCAAAGUGCGGAAGCCGCGGCCGGUGCGCCCCUGCUCGCCCAUCACUACCCCUAUCCUGCCACUCAAAAAGAAGAGCAAGGAGGGCAAAGGCAAUACCAUCUACCUGUGGGAAUUCCUCCUGGCUCUCCUGCAGGAUAAAAACACCUGUCCCAAAUACAUCAAGUGGACACAACGGGAAAAAGGCAUUUUUAAGCUGGUGGACUCCAAAGCUGUUUCCAAGCUUUGGGGCAAACACAAAAACAAGCCUGACAUGAAUUAUGAGACUAUGGGACGAGCUCUCAGGUACUACUACCAGCGAGGAAUUCUGGCAAAGGUGGAGGGGCAACGUCUUGUUUACCAAUUUAAAGAAAUGCCUCCUGAUUUGGUUGUCAUAGAGGAUGAAGACCCGGGCUCUGAUGUAAACUAUGGAAACCAAAGAUCCACCAAUGGGAGGUCUAUGGUACGCAAGGGCAACAAUCGAGCCCACAGCCAGCACCAUCUCCAGGCCAGGAACAUGAAGAAAGAGCCAGACGAUGAGAUUUUGUACAGACAGAUCAAAGAGGAAGAACUGGAUGAACAACUACAUUCUGUUCAUAUACUGCAAACCAGUCAAGGCGCUCUUAUUCAGGACCCAACACAAGCUAUGAGGAACAUCAGUGCUCCCACAUCUGUUCCCAUGGUUAUGACUUCACCUGGAUCUCUCCAGUCCAUGCCCCUCACAGUUCUGGCGAAUGGGGACUCAGCCACUUCCUCUCCCCCUCGGGUCAUACUCCACACAGUACCCUCUGCCACAGCUGCAGGAAAGGAGAUGCUCACCAUCCAAACAGCCUCUCUAACAGGUGGGGCCAGCAGUCUUCAAGAUGGCCUACUUGUCACCAGCCUGAACCCCUCCAUGAUCUCCUCCUCCACUUCCUGCACAUCUCCUCCAGGAGUCAUUAGUUCUAGUGCUUCAAACAUCAAUGGGUUGCCACGCCUGGUUGCCAUCAACACCACCUGUGGGCAGACUAUGGUGGCACAGCAGCCCGGCACUGUCAUUGCAACAGUGCUCAAAUCCAGUGACCUCUCUGGGCUGCAGGUCAAAGAGGAGAUGUUGGACCCGAGCUACUUCCAGUCUAUAGUGAACGGUGAUCCUUCACUGGCAGCAAAUACAUUUGAGAAGCUGGAGGUGGGUGAGUCUGAGCUGCCUUACCGAACUGUGAUCAUUGACAGCAGUCAACAGCACAGCCAAGAGGCUGAAAGUGAAACUAUAAUGAAUGGACAUGCCUCCCAGAGCAGCAGCCCUAGUGAAGGCCUGACCCCUGUAGAAGAGCUGGAGGUACAUGGGGAGAUGUCUCUACAACCACAACACAGUCUCAAAAGCCUGCACGAGCUGCCCCUGUCUCUGCAGCUGCCUGUAAACUUUAUCCAAAUAAAGGCAGAGUCUGCAGAGGCCUGAGGGUUACUGGACUCCUCACACACUCCACCAAGAGCUACAUUUGAACCAAUUUGACCACAAACUAAAUGUUUCUACUCCUUCCACAGUAAUCUGAUCAAAGAUCAGAGCAAGGGAUCUUGCAGCACAAUGCUCUUAAAGGUUGUUAAGCUCAGCCUCAGGAUUUAUUGUUUACUCACACAUUUGUGACCAUGUGCCUAAUUUUAAACAUUUAAGGGAUUGUUUGUGUAUAAUUAAUCCCUGUGGAGACCUGGAAUUACCUUUGAUAGACUUUCACCCCAACAGACCUAUGCCCACGAGGAGAAGAGCCAUCGGAUAAACCAGUGAUCUCUGUAAACCAUAUGUGCCAGUUAGUAAAUUACCCUAAUGUUAUUUUAUGUUUAAAGAGACUUGCUUUAUACCAGCUUAAACCAAAACAGGAGACUGAAAGCCAAACGGUGCAGUGAAUGAGAUGAGGGCAUGCCCAGUGCAUGUGUGUUUAAACCAGAUACUCUGCUCUCAGAGCUCAGCUGUGUGCCUUACAGGAGGCUUAAAAGCUCAAGACUUUGGAAACAACUUGCAAACGAUUAACAAUGGGCUAAAUUCCUUAACAGUCUUUCAAGAACAUAUUUUCUCAUUUAUUUUGAUACAACCAUAAAAGCUAUCCAUCCUCUCCCACUAUGCGCCUUAAAACACCGUGUUACUAUGGAAAUGGGCAUUUGUAUGUUCCAAGGACAGUUGAACAUCAAAGCUUUUUGUAUAGUCCAAAGGCACCAUUAAGAUAGUGAGGCACAAAUACAGAAAGAAUAUGCAAGGCAAAGCAGAGUUUAUCAGAGAGUCUAUAUCUUCAAGGUUUAAACUGUGUUUAUAUAAAAUACUAUAUAAAUACAUGUAUAUGUAUACAUUGAUACAAUUCAGAUUCAAGUUUAUGGCCACAUCAAAUUAUUUAUUUUGUGAAUUUCUAAAUUCUGUAUAAAAAAGCACAUUUGACAUGUUCAUGUGUAAACAUGAGGGAAAUGCAGUGAAUAUAACAGUGAGGAUGAAGCUUACUUUAAAAGAUGAUUACUUCAUUUGAAUAGCACCAAAUACUGUAUGAUGAGGAGGUAUUUUGUGACUCAAAGCUUAAUCGUACAUUAUUAUACUGCUGUUUUAUUGUGCUAUUGUAGAUACCUUUAUUGAUUUAAUCAUGAAUGUGCUUGGAUUCUCGUUAUGGCGGACAUACCUCUCAACAUGCAGAAAGCUUUAAGUAUCUAAUCACCAUCAUGCUGUUGAAUUCAUGUCUUUCCUCAGCUCUUCUCUCUCAGCUGCUCCAGUUCAACCCCAUUUCUCUCUUCUCCUGCUCAGGGGUCAGUCCAGUCUGUGCCUUCUUCAUUUGCUGGCCCACUUUGUUAAGGACCUCUCAGGGCAGCCAUCUGAUUGGCCCCUUGGUCCUGCCUGGAUGAAGCCAUAUUGAUCCUGAACGGUUUCUCGGCUAAAUUGGUUGUAUUUUCCCCAGACUGUAGCUUCACGCUGAGGGCAGUGAGACAUACUGACCUCCAUCUGCUCCAGCACCUAAGGACAGGACUUAACUGCUGCUUACCCAGAGCUUGCUCCAGCACUCUGAAUGUAUACAUAGUUUUUUAAGUUCAUAUGCAAAUUUAUAGGGACAAUCAUUUUUACACUGGGUUACAUUUGCAUUAAAGUCUCAGACCUUGAGCUGCUUUCUGACUUUCCUGCCUGAGGUAUGUCCGCUAGCCUUUUUUGUUGCUUUUACUGUCUUGGGUUGUCAGUAGCCUUCUUUAUGCUGAAUAUAGAAUAGAUUUUUACAAAAAAAGUCAUGCAUAAUUAAAAACAAUUUCUUUCCAUGUACUCCCCUUGUGAUUGUUAUUUUGUUGCCUUUGUGAGGAAAGACAGAUACAUAAAGGCCAUUUGGAGACAUCAACAAACAAAAUUAAACCCUGGGGAAGAUUGCUCCAAUGGGGUCACUUGGUCAAUUAAUUUCUUGGAACAAUAAAAGUAGGUUCAUUUUCUUUCAUGAACUUAUUGUGAGGAUGUGCAGGGACAUUCGACCACAUGACAUUUGAAAAGUCAGAAAAAGCCAGUGUGGUGACUGGCUCGGAGCCAUUAGCCGGCUGUAGACUGAUUGGACUGUACUUAAGAGCAGUGCUGUUUCUCCGGUGCAGGCUGUUGGCGGAUGAAUACAUUAACAUAUGACAUGCCCAGAGCUGGAGACAGCGGAGAGGGUCCCUGCUGCUGCUGCUGUGACUGAAUUGAUGUGAGUGCUGAGGAGGUGCUGCCUGGCGAGUGGAAGGGCUGCACUGACGGAGAUGGAUUACAGCAUGUGUUCUGUGGAUGUGAGUUUUGGCUUGGCUGGGGCGCUUGUGUGAGAUUUCAGGGCGGGUGGCUGGUGGAGGAAGCUGUCUGGCAGUCGGCUGUGCCUACUGAGCCUGGCGUUGCCUACACCCACACUUCUAUGCACUUCGCCUUCCAAUACAGGGUUUAAGCACUCGCAUGGACUACAGAGGGGUGUGUGUCCUCUAGGGCUGAAAGGCUGCUUAAAGAAAAAUAUAAUAUUACAGAUUAACAUGAAUAUUUAAACAUAUCAAUAAACACAUUAUUUCU